AACGUUGCAUCAGAAUGUCCGAGUGACGUCAUCACUCUUCACCCGGUACUACUUCCUGUAGUUCGCGGAUUUCUGAAAGCAAAACGCUCUAAAAAUAGGAAAGUCCUGUACUUGUUAUGGCCGAACCGACUGUCGUGGAGAAAAUGAGUGAAUUGAAUGUGGGCGAAGGGACAAAGAGGUCAGCUGGAAGUGGUAAAGAUGAAGGGAAGAAGAAAACUAAACCUGCUGCCGCCUCUUCAGGCAAAUCUGAGUUGUCACCACCACCUCAGUACAUCGAGGAGCGUCUUACUUUGUAUGCAAAGCUGAAAGCUGAGCACAAUGCUCUGAUGGCAGGGAGAGCUGCAAAGGACAGCAAACCAAUCAAGGUGACCCUGCCUGAUGGGAAGGUGGUGGAUGCAGAAUCCUGGAAGACCACCCCAUACCAAGUGGCGUGUGGAAUCAGUCAAGGCCUUGCAGACAACACGGUGAUUGCCAAAGUAAAUAACAAUGUGUGGGACCUGGACAGACCUUUGGAAGAAGACUGCAGCCUUCAGUUGCUCAAGUUUGAUGAUGAAGAAGCUCAGGCUGUUUACUGGCACUCCAGUGCUCAUAUUCUUGGUGAAGCGAUGGAGAAGGUGUACGGAGGCUGCCUCUGUUACGGACCCCCAAUUGAGAACGGCUUCUACUAUGAUAUGUUUUUGGAGCACGAUGGUGUAUCAAGUAAUGACUUUCCCUGUCUGGAGACUCUGUGCAAGAAAAUCAUCAAGGAAAAGCAACCGUUUGAAAGACUGGAAAUAAAGAAGGAAACUCUUUUGGAAAUGUUUAAGUACAACAAAUUUAAGUGCCGCAUUCUGAAUGAGAAAGUCACCACUCCCACUACGACCGUUUACAGAUGCGGUCCUCUAAUUGAUUUGUGUCGGGGGCCUCAUGUGAGACACACCGGAAAGAUCAAGGCUCUUAAAAUCCACAAGAAUUCUUCUACUUACUGGGAGGGGAAAGCAGACAUGGAAACCCUCCAGAGGAUCUACGGAAUCUCCUUUCCUGACCCCAAAAUGCUCAAAGAGUGGGAGAAGUUCCAGGAGGAGGCCAAGAACAGAGAUCACCGCAAACUGGGCCGGGAGCAGGAUCUGUUCUUCUUCCAUGAACUGAGUCCAGGGAGCUGCUUCUUCCUUCCUAAAGGGGCCUUCAUCUACAACUCGCUGAUUGAGUUCAUCAGAAGUGAGUACAGGAAGAGGGGUUUUCAGGAGGUGGUGACCCCCAACAUCUACAACAGCAAGCUGUGGAUGACCUCCGGGCACUGGCAGCAUUACAGCGAGAACAUGUUCUCCUUUGAAGCCGAGAAGGAAACCUUCGCUCUCAAACCCAUGAACUGCCCUGGACAUUGUCUGAUGUUUGAUCACCGUCCCCGUUCCUGGAGAGAGCUGCCCCUCCGCAUGGCCGACUUUGGUGUCCUGCACAGAAACGAGCUGUCAGGAGCGCUGACUGGCCUCACCCGAGUUCGCCGUUUCCAGCAGGAUGACGCGCAUAUCUUCUGCUCCAUAGAGCAGAUAGAAGAGGAGAUUAAGGGCUGCCUGGACUUCCUGCGAACUGUGUAUGAAGUGUUUGGCUUCACUUUCAAACUCAACCUUUCCACAAGACCGGAGAAGUUCCUGGGAGAUCCAGAGAUGUGGGUCCAAGCUGAAAAGCAACUGGAGAACAGUUUAAAUGAGUUUGGAGAGAAAUGGAUUCUGAACCCGGGUGACGGAGCGUUCUACGGACCUAAGAUUGAUAUUCAAAUCAAGGACGCCAUCGGUCGAUACCAUCAGUGUGCCACCAUACAGCUUGAUUUCCAGCUGCCCAUCCGCUUUAAUCUCAGCUUUGUUGGUCAUGAUGGUGAUGACCAAAAGAGACCAGUGAUCAUCCACAGAGCCAUCCUGGGAUCCGUAGAGAGGAUGAUCGCUAUUCUGACUGAAAACUAUGGAGGAAAAUGGCCGCUGUGGCUUUCUCCCCGUCAAGUGAUGGUCGUACCCGUGGGACCGACCUGCGAGGCGUACGCUGAGAAAGUCAGGCAGGACUUCCACAGCAGCGGCUUCAUGACUGACGUGGAUGUGGACCCCGGCUGCACUCUGAACAAAAAGAUCAGGAACGCUCAGUUAGCACAGUACAACUUCAUUCUGGUGGUGGGAGAGAAAGAGAAGACAAGCAACACUGUGAACGUACGCACCCGGGACAACAAAGUGCACGGCGAGCGCAGCGUGGAGGAGUGCAUCGAGCGCCUCAAACAGCUCAAGGCUUCCAGGAGCAGAAACGCAGAGGAGGACUUCUGAGCUUUCCCGAGCAGCUUUUUUUCAACAAAUUCUCAACUGACUUAAAAAUACAACCCGGUUGAGAUCAUCUUUUGAUGAGCGGUAUAAAUGUCUCCAAAUGUUGCCACGUCUUAGCUUUUAUUCUUUUCUUCCAGAAAUCCUUUUCUUCCUGUUUUACAAUCUGGUUUUCAUUCAGAGUUUUUGGUUGUCACCUGAAGUGGGAGCUAAAGUUCAUACAAUGAAGUAUAAAUGUCUGUUACUGUAAUCUGAUUAAGUAUUCAAACAGCUCUACUGAACAACACACACAGACCUUUCCUCUAAACAUUUUUCAAAUCAAACAAACUGAUCAAAACAGCAAAAAAUGGCUUAAAAUUUUCUGUCAGUCACUGAUUUCUUCAGGGAAUUGUACAUGAAAUACAUUUUUGUUAAUUAAAA